UCUCUCUCUCUCUCUCUCUCUCUCUCUCUCUCACCCAUGUCGAGGUUAAUUGAACCCCUUAUUGUAGGGAGAGUAAUAGGAGAUGUAUUAGAUGUUUUCACCCCAAGUGUGAAUAUGAAGGUUACCUACAACUCCAACAACCAGGUCUUUAAUGGCUAUGAACUUAUGCCUUCCACCUUGGUGGUGAAACCUCGAGUCGAGGUUGGCGGCAAGGACAUGAGGGUCACUUACACAUUGAUCAUGACGGACCCAGAUGCGCCAAGCCCCAGCGAUCCAAACUUAAGAGAACAUCUUCAUUGGAUCGUCACCGACAUUCCCGGCACCACCGAUGCCUCCUUUGGUAGAGAACUAAUCAGUUACGAGAUCCCAAAGCCCGUCAUCGGCAUUCAUAGGUUCAUAUUUAUCCUAUUCAAGCAGAGAGGAAGAGACACAGUUCGCCCGCCACCUACAAGAGACCAUUUCAACACCAGAAGAUUUGCAGAGGAGAAUGGGCUUGGACUUCCUGUCGCAGUGGUAUAUUUCAAUGCGCAGCGUGAAACAGCUGCAAGAAGGAGAUAGCAAGAAAGAGAAUACAUGAGAACAUAACAAAUCAAAGCCCAGUGACUCUUCUUCACGAGAAUUGUCAGCAUUGUUAUGUAUUUUCUAGGGUUUGUUUGCAUUUUAGUUAGGGAACUGUAUUUGUAGGGCUUGGGUCCUUUUAAUCAUAGG